AUGAUGAUCACUUUUGCUCUGUUAUCCCUAGUUUGUGUGACGUUCAGCCAAGACAUCUAUCCAGAUGUGUGGCAUGCUGUUAUCGACGAAUCAACUGUUGGGAACAAACGAGUAUUCGUCACUGGUGACGUCCACGGGAAUUUAGGUCCUUUUAUGACGCUAAUGAGGGAAGCAAAUCUUCUCUCCCCAGAUGGCAGCACUAUCGCUGAUGAUGCUAUCGUUAUCGUUUGUGGAGAUCUCGUCCAUAGAGGGCCACAGAGUCUCGAAUUUGUGAGACUAGUCAAAGACACACCUAACUUGUACGCAGUUAGGGGGAACAAUGACGACAACCAAAUGGAAUUUCCCACUGACGAAUGGACUGAUAGAGCGACUGAGGAAGACUGGGCCUUCAUGAAACAACUGCCUUAUACCAUUAGAGUCCCCACACACAAUAGUAUAGUAGUACAUGCUGGACUUUUACCAGGAAAAGAACUACAAGAAAAUACAGUGUUUGAGAUGACGCGCAUGCGUAAUAUACUCGAAAACGUAGACGGUAAUUGGGAGGCUAUAGAGGAUACCACAAUCGGAUAUAAUUGGGCAAGACGAUGGGAUGGUAAUAUGCACAUAUUCUUCGGACAUGUCGCAAGAAGGGGUGUAGAUUCAGAUGGAAACCCUCGAGUGAGAUUUUACGAGAACACAACGGGACUUGACACGAACUGUGGACGAGGGGUCGCAUUGAGCGGUGUCUUUAUGCCUGCAACAGAAACACCAACGGUUUACUCAACCCCGUGUGAAAUACCAGUGUUGUGAAAUAGACCCAAUGUUUCAGAAGUUAUACAUGUAGAUAUAUAUACAUAGAUUUUUUAAAAACUAAUAUUUUUAGAGAAAUAUGUUUAGUUUAAUUUUGGAAUUCAGAGAAUGGCACCUAGAACUAAUGCACCGACGAUAAUAUUACAAAGUGGGCAAAAGAUGCCCCAAGGAACC